AUGAAAGUAAUACUUAUUUAUUUCAUUGUUAUUUAUUUAAUCAAUAUUAGUUUUUCAUUAAAACCUUAUCAACAACAACAGCAACUUCACAAUUUCAAUAUCAUUGAAAAUAAUAAUAAUAAUAAUAGAAAUGAAAAAGUUAUAAUUGCCCAUCCAAAAAUUCCACCAUAUUGGUUAAUUGAAAAUGAAAUUUCAAAUCCAAAUGAUUUAAUCUCUUUUAAAAUUUUAUUAAAACAAAAUAAUUUAAAUAAAUUAAAUUAUUUAUUUGAAGAAAUUAGUGAUCCAAAAUCAAAAAUUUAUGGUGAAUUUUUAAGUAUAAAUGAAAUUAAUGAAUUAGUUAAAUCAAGUGAAAGUGAUUUUAAUGUUGUUUUAGAAUAUUUAAAAUCAUUUAAUAUUGGUAAUAUUGAAAAUGGAAGUGAAAUUAAAGUAUUUAGUGAUUAUAUACUUGUUGAAACUACAAUUGAAAAAGUAUCAUCAAUGUUUAAUUCAAAAUUUUCAAAUUAUAAAAAUAAAAAUAAUGGUAAUACAAGAAAUAGAUUAAAUGGUCCAGCCUAUUUACCAAAACAAUUAUUAAAUUCAAUUGAUUUCGUUACUGGUUUAUCAGAAUUUUUUGAAAAUAAUUUUAAAAUUGAAAAUUAUUUAAAUAAUAAUAACAAAAAUAAUGGUGAUAGUGAUAGUGAUAGUGGUAGUGGUAGUGGUAGUGGUAGUAGUAAUAGUUAUAAUGGUGGAUUAGAUGAUAUUUUAAUUACACCAAAAGUUUUAAAAUCAUAUUAUAAUGUACCCAAUGAAUUAAUUGGUAAAUUUGAAAAUAAUAGUAUUGGUGUAAUUGCAUUUAAUGAUUAUUUUUCAAUGGGUGCGUUGGAAUUAUUUGAUGAGAAGUUUAAUAUAACGACUACAAAAGAUAAUUUAAAGAUAAUUGGUAAUGAUUGUUUGGGUAAAGGUUGUGAUCAAUAUGAAAGUGAUUUAGAUAUUCAAUAUAUUAGGUCAAUGGGUGAGAAUAUUUCAACAGAUUUCAUAUCAUUCAAUGAUGCACAAUGGAUAUUAGAUUAUCUUCAUAGUGUAUUGCUAAUGGAGAAACCACCAUUAGUACAAUCUAUAAGUUAUGGUUGGGCUGAGCUUUUACAAUGUGAUGUUUCAAAUGGGUGUUCAACAUUUGGUUAUGAUUCAAAACAGUAUGUAGAUAGAACAAAUUCAGAAUUUCAAAAAUUGGCCUUAUUAGGUAUAUCAGUUUUAGUAUCAAGUGGUGAUGAUGGUGCACCUUCAAUGGGUGGAUCAUCUGGUAAUUGUCCAAUUGAUGGUACUGUUUAUUGUCCAACUGGUGGUUGUAAUCAUACAAAAACAAUGUGUCCAGAAUUUACAAUUUAUAAUUUAAAUGGUGGUAGUGAUAGUGGUGGUAGUAGUGAUUCAUAUUGUUUCUUUCCAAUGGGUAUUGCAAGUAGUGGUUGUACUAAUAUAUUAGGUGAUCCAAGUGUACUUGAUAGUGGUAUGAAAAUAUUCUCAGAGAAAAAUAAACAAUGUAAUUUAGCAAUUGAAUAUGAUAGAACUAAUUUACCACAUGUUUAUUCUGAAUGUGAAUGUAAAGAUUUGGUGAAUGUGACAUUUAGAAAUUAUCAUUUCACUCAAUAUCAAUUCAAUGAGAAUAAUGGUGCAUUAUUUGUAGCUGAGUAUCCAAGUUCAAGCCCAUUUGUUACAAGUGUUGGUGCAACUCAAUUCUUAUCAAGGGAUGAGAAAAUUACAACAGAAGUUGGUUGUACAAUUUUACAAGGUGCUAAAAUUACAACUGGUGGUGGAUUUAGUUCAUUCCAAAGUCAACCUAAGUAUCAGCAAUAUGCAAUUUCGCAGUUUUUCAACACCUCUUUCAAUUCACUACCACCUUCAUUUUCAUACUGUCCAACCAAUAGAGGUGUGCCUGAUAUUUCAAUGGUUGGUCAUAAUUAUAAAAUUUAUUCAAGUGAUGGUAAUAAUAAAGAUUUCAAUCAAUGUCCUUGUAAAAGUUUACCAGUUGAUGGUACCUCAUGCUCAAGUCCAACAUUAGCUGGUUUAAUUGGUUUAAUUAAUGAUCAAUUACUUUUAAAUGGUAAAACUCAAUUAGGUUUCUUAAAUCCAUUAUUAUAUCAAAUGGCAAUUGAUGAACCAAGAAUUUUCAAUGAUAUCACUGGUGAUUCAAGUAAUCGUUGUAGUAGAUCAUAUUGUUGUCUUUAUGGUUGGUCAACAAGUUCAAAUACUUGGGAUCCUGUAACUGGUUUAGGUUCAAUUGAUUUCAAUUUAUUUUUAUCUUAUGUUUUAAAAUUAAAAGGUAUUUAA